AUGAAGACCGCACCCAUUGCCACUCUGCUCGCUGCCGCGGCCUUGGGGGCUGCCCAUGUCUUACAUCAAUCGUCUUCUGGAGACCUUACCCUUCUCCAGGAGUCCGCCAUCCUGAAAGCAGCAGAUCGGCUGGAGGUGGCCAAGGGCCACGGCGUGGCAGUCAGCGCCAACCACAAGAAGCUGCAGGAGAUCGACCCAAACCAUCCGGACGAUGUUGUUUCGGACACUGAUCUCUCUGACUUUGACGAGGACGCAAAGAGAGACGUGGUAGGCUUCGGGGGCACCGGUAGUCGCGGCUUUACCGCGUUCCGACCCCGAACGGACGCGGUGUACAGCCCGGAAACAGCUGGAGGGAGCCCGAACACACAGUGCCCUGACAAUGCUCGCCCGUGCAAAACCGACAAAGACUGCAAGGACGACAGCACGCUCCAUUACCAGCUGGGCCGUGUUAAGGUUUACUGCCAUACAUGCACCAUUAAAGACGGAAAGUGCAAGGCGGCGUAA